UAUCCCGCCGAAACCUUUCUCCGAUAUUAUCUUCGUCUUCAACCUAGGCCGUGAUAGGCAUUGCUAAAGCUUUACGCUUAUCAUGUCGCUUGGUGUUGCUUUCCAGUCUGCUGUGUUUUACGUUGUAUCUUGUGCACCAUGUCUUCAGGCAAGGCACCACCAACAAUCCAAGGCGAAGGCCAAAAAGGAGCGUGAGGAGAAAGCCCGUAUACAAGCCGAGAAUCCUGGGACGUACCAGCACCCGGAUCCAUUCAACACAAAUCCAUACUGGUCCGAGGAGAUUAUGAUGGGCCCCCGGAUGGAGCCUAAAAAUAAAAAGCACAAGACCACAAGCCAAAAACGCUUACACAGUUCAGGCAAAGAAAGCACGAGUGCCGGAAGCAGUACCAUGGUCAAUAGCAUGAGUCCAGGCAGCAGCCAUAAUACGGUUGUGGCGGACAUGGGAGACGUGGCAGAUGAUGGUAAACUGAGCUUUUCGCCCUCGCUAUCAGACGAUUGGAAUCGGAGACGCUAUCAAAGAGAAGACGAAGAGCUGUGGGGCAACAACCGUACAGGUCAUAAGUUGAUGGACGCAAUUAAGCAGGCGGGAUCAUCGGCUGGUCGAUUACUCGAAGCAAGUUUGGGGAAGGAACCAAAACAGGUUACUCCAGAAGAAAGGCAUGACUUUUAUUUCGCACCUCGGAACCCUCCUGUCAACGAAUAUCACCCUCCGAUUGUACGACAGAAGCCCGCCCACAGAGAUGCCAACAAAUGGAUGUUGCAGCCACCACCGGCUGCAAAGAUUAUGGAAGGAAAGGUGCCAGUUAGUAGGAGUGGAAGUAUGGCGAGUCACGUAAGCCGUAGGACAGCAACAAGUGACGGUACCAACUUGGGCCGACUGGUUCACGAGAGGACGGUGGAAGCUAAACUUAGGAAUGGCGAGUCGCCGGCUUUCUUUGACUCGACGACGACAUUACAUAAAACCAUCACCAGGAAAAAUACCGUCUCAAGCCGAAAACACCGCCUUUCAAGAAGUAGAAGUCUAUCGAUAGGUUCGGAAGCCUCAGACGCACCCCGAAGGCGUAGAAGCCAUCGAGCGAGGCAGCAGGUCCCGGCAGACUUUGACUCAUCUGACGACGAAAGCUAUUUCUUACAGAGCUCAGAUUCGUUUGGGCGGGGCAGGAGAGUGGCGAGACAACCGACGUUGCAACCGAUAUCAAGCUCGCAAGAAAAUGAUAGAGACUCAAAGGAGAAUGUGCCGGCAAGCGGGGCGCCGCUUGAGCGAACGCCUACACCUACGCAAACGGCCAGUUCUGCCCUUGCGGACAUCACUAACAGCUCCAAUGCGACUCGAGCCGAUCAGACGGCGACGACUAUAGGAUUUGGCACCGAACCGUACAAGACUUCUUCGAUUACUUUAGGGCCCCCAUUAAGUGUGUCGUAAGCGGAACGGCAGCAUGGGAAGUCACAUGCAUUUCGUGUAGGCAACUGUAGGGAAAGUCAGGGUUUUACAAAGUACAAAGUGGGCAAUACUGCGUUGUCGAAACAUCUGUAAAUUAACAGUCAACAACAUAAGGAGGCUUUUCGUCACGGGUUUUAAAAAUGCAUGACAGCUUGGGAUAGGGGUUUGCAUCGACAGGCAGGCAUGGCGUAAAAAGGUCUCUUGGUUUGACCUGGUCUUGACAAAAGCUUCUUUAUUUGUCUUGCUUCUUUUUUUACAUUCUUCUUGGCUUGGCGUUUUACCUUAGCAUUGCACGCUCAAGUAUUCGCUACCAUAAGUUUCGCAAAUCGAAAUGUUUUGAAUGACUG